AUGCAGGAUCCUGAAGUAUAUAGGAGACUGAUUGGCAAGCUUCUUUACUUGAAUUUGACUCGGCCAGAUAUUUCAUACAUUGUGCAGCAAUUGAGUCAAUUUUUAAAUGCUCCUCGAGCUCCACAUUAUCUUGCUGCUACUUAUGUCCUGAGAUAUCUGAAAGGGACUUUGAACUAUGGGUUGUUUUAUGCUGCAAAUGUUGAUUUGAAGUUGUCUACAUAUUGUGAUGCUGAUUGGGGAAAUUGUUUAGAUUCUGGGAGAUCCCUUACUGGUUAUUGCAUUUUCUUGGGCAGUUCUUUGAUUUCUUGGAAAACAAAGAAACAUAAAGCUGUUUCCAAGAGUUCAACUGAGGCCGAGUAUCGAAGCAUGAGUCAAACAACUAGCAUGAGUCAAACAGCUGAUGAAGUUGUUUGGAUUGAUGGUUUAUUAGAAGAUUUGUGGAUACAGGUUCCUAAACCUAUUACUCUAUUUUGUGAUAAUGUCGCUGCUCAACAUAUUGCUGAUAACCCUUGCUUUCAUGAACGGACUAAACAUCUCAGGAGAAAGCAUUACAAAUUGGAUGUUCAUUAUGUUCGUGAGAAUGUCCAACUUGGUUUCAUUAAGAUUGCUCAUGUGUCUUCUGCUCUACAAUUAGCAGACAUAAUGACAAAACCAUUAGGGGCUGAUCAACAUAGGUUUUUGUCUCAGAAGAUUGGUCUUGUUUCUCAGCCCUGUGUUCAAGAUUGGUCAGGGUUCUCACCAAGUCAAUCUUGA